UGUAUGGUCGCGCAUUCGUAUCGUCACAGCAAAAACUCCAAAAGAGAGUCUAUCGCGCGCUACUGUUGCCGGUUUCUUCGAACCAGUUCUUCUAGCUUUAGUGCGUGCGUUCGUUCGUUCGUGUGUGUUAUUGUUAGUGUUAUUAUUCUUUUUCCAUUAUUAUUAAAGCUAUGCAAACAAAAUAGUUCAUCCCGUUAUCAAACAAAGUGUUGAAACAUUCUAAGUGGUGCGCGUGCACACGUUUGCCGUGCAAAAAACUCGCAUGUCCACUGUGUGUCCACAUGUAUAUCCCAUAUAAUUCGUGCAAACGGUUGAUGAAUACGUAAAUUUAAUGUCACGCAAAAAUGGCUGCUUACGUUGGACUAUCGCAGCAAAUAAAUUUUGCGCGGUUGCCAUCACCCGGCGAUCGAUUCGAUUUAUGUGAUUUAAUAGGCGAAGGAACAUAUGGUGAGGUGUACAGUGCAGUGGAUCGAUCGACCGGUAAAAAAGUGGCGAUCAAAAUACUCGAGUCAAUUACAGAUAAUUUAGAGGAGAUCGAAGAAGAAUAUUUAGUUUUACGUGACUUGUCGCAACAUCCAAAUUUACCCACAUUCGUUGGUAUCUUUCUAAGAAAAGGCGUGUGCUUUGAAGAUGAUCAGCUAUGGUUUGUAAUGGAGCUAUGCACGGGCGGUUCAGUGACGGAUUUGGUACAAGGACUCCGAAGUCGAACCGAGCGCUUGAAAGAGGAUCACAUCGCAUACAUUUUACUCGAAACUCUAAAAGGACUCAUUCAUCUGCACGAGAAUCAUUGUAUGCACAGAGAUAUUAAAGGCCACAAUAUCCUGUUGACUGAUGAGGCGUACGUGAAACUAGUAGAUUUUGGUGUGAGUUCACAUUUGGCAGCGACGAUGGCGCGCCGGAAUACAAGUGUCGGUACACCGUAUUGGAUGGCUCCUGAAGUCAUUGCUUGUGAACAACAACUUGAUCAAUCGUACGAUUCUCGAUGCGAUGUGUGGUCAAUUGGAAUCACAGCAAUCGAGUUGGCUGAAGGUGAUCCCCCACUAUCCGAUAUCCAUCCGAUGCGAGCUCUGUUUCAAAUACCACGCAAUCCACCACCACAUUUAUCAAAACCGGAACAGUUCACUGUGGAACUGUGCCGAUUCGUAUCGGAGUGUCUGAUAAAAGACAUGGAAAAGCGGCCAUUUGCAAAGCAACUAAUUCAGCAUCCGUUUUUCACACGAAUUGCUGGAAAAACGGACGCCAUACGACACGAACUGAAGCAAGAGAUCCAAAGACAACGAAACGACGGUGCGUUGCGUCGUCAAGCUGAAGCCACCACCAAACACGGCCAAUUGAAAUCGGAUCGCAAAUCAAAACCACAGAAAAUGUACAUAGAUGAUUUAGCGUCGCUUGACGUGUUAUCGGAGGAGGUGAUAACGGAGCAGCUACAAAAGCGAUUUGAGUCGAAUCAGAUUUAUACCUACAUCGGGGAUAUACUUGUUGCUGUGAAUCCGUUUACCAACCUGGGCCUCUACACGGGAGUGCAUCAAAAGCGUUAUGUCGGUCGAUCACGUUUCGAAAAUUCACCACACAUUUUUGCGAUAGCUGAUGCUGCGCAUCAGGCAUUGUUGCAUCAAAAACAGAAUCAAGCCAUUGUAAUCAGCGGUGAAAGUGCUGCUGGCAAAACGGAGAGCGGAAAUCUGCUGCUUAAGCAAUUAGUGUAUCUGGGUAAAGCGCCAAAUCGUAAUCUUGAAGAGCGAAUAUUGCAGGUGAAUCCGUUGAUGGAGGCGUUCGGCAAUGCUCGCACCGGUAUCAAUGACAACAGUUCACGCUUUGGUAAAUAUUUGGAUUUGACAAUGACACGCAGUGGCAAAGUGACUGGUGCCCGGAUAUCAGUUUAUUUGCUAGAACAAAGUCGUGUCGUUCAACAGGCAAACAAUGAAGGGAAUUUUCACAUUUUUUACUAUCUAUACGAUGGGCUCGAGCAUGAGAAUAAGCUCAGCACAUACUAUUUGGAUCCAAUGUAUCGGGAACAGCAUCGUUAUCUGUCGAAAACACAAAAUUCAACGCCGCAAAAGAAUGUUGAACGAUGGAAACAGCUGAAGGCAUGUUUCAAAGUGCUCGGUUUUCGUGACGAUGAAAUCGAUACGGUGAAUCGUGUGCUGGCGGCAAUUUUGAAUUUGGGCGAUUUAGAAUUCGGCGAAAUGGAUACAGAUGAUAAUACGGAUAAUAAAGCUCGGGUAGUUGAUGUGGCACCAAUGCAUCGUGUCGCUAAGCUACUUGGUGUUGAGGUGAAUAAUUUGUUGGAUGCACUUACGAAAAAUUCAGUGGUUACCAAAGGUGAAACAAUCACUAGGAAUAAUACGGUUUCGGAAGCAGCAGCCGCACGAGAUGCCAUGGCAAAAGCAUUGUAUGGUCGACUGUUUGAUUGGAUGGUCAAUCAAAUUAAUACUCUGUUGAGCUUUAAUCGACCCAACAGUGAUAUUCUGGCCAUUGGACUGCUCGACAUCUUUGGAUUCGAGAAUUUUCAACAGAAUUCAUUCGAACAACUGUGCAUUAACAUUGCAAACGAACAAAUUCAAUACUAUUUUAAUCAACAUAUCUUCACGUGGGAACAACAAGAGUAUUUGGCUGAGGGUAUCCCUGUAAAUUUGGUGGAAUUCUCCGAUAAUCGACCUGUUCUAGAUAUGCUUCUAAGUCGUCCGCUUGGUCUUCUGGCUUUAUUAGAUGAAGAAAGUCGCUUUCCGCGUGCUACCGAUCGAUCAUUCAUACAAAAAUGUCACAACAACAUCAAAUCCAAGUUCUACAUUCGUCCAAAAUCAGAUGCGAUUUGUUUUGCAAUUCAUCAUUUUGCCGGUCGUGUUGUGUACCAAGCGGAGAAUUUUUUGGAGAAAAAUCGAAAUUUUUUGCCAACUGAAGUGAUUCAGUUGAUUCGGGGCAGUAAUUUUGAAAUGGUUCGCUUUCUAUUCCAAUGCCCAAUCACAAAAACGGGCAAUUUAUGUUCGGGCCUCCAAGAAACAUCCACGUCGGCCAUUCAAGCGACAAAUUUAACGGCAAAAACUGAUACACGUGAACCGUUCAAUUCACGCGGUUUGGCGUCACAAUCACGUGCCCAGCAAACGGUUGCCACAUACUUUCGCUAUUCGUUAAUGGAUCUCUUACAGAAAAUGGUCGCCGGUUCACCGCAAUUUGUGCGUUGCAUCAAACCAAACGAUAAACAAACGGCCAAACAAUUCGAUUCGGCCAAAGUGCUGAAGCAAUUGCGUUGUGCUGGCGUUUUGGAAACGAUUCGCAUUCGACAGAAUGGGUUCAGUCAUCGUUUAACAUUUGCCGAUUUUCUUAAACGAUACUGUUUCUUAGCUUUCGGUUUCAAUGAGAAAGUUACAGCAAGCAGAGAGAAUUGUCGAUUAUUGUUGGUUCGCCUUAAAAUGGACGGUUGGGCACUUGGCAAGUCAAAAGUAUUUCUCAAGUACUAUCACGUCGAACAUUUGGCCAAAUUGUAUGAAGAACAACUGAGGAAAAUAGUGUUGGUGCAGUCAUGUGUACGACGAUGGUUGGCUCGUGUACAUUAUCGACACACUAAAAUGCGAAUAGCAAGAAGUGCAAUGACAGUUCAACGUUAUGUUAGAGGUUGGCUGACAAGAAAACGAUUGCAACAAAUGCGCACCGAAUGGGAACAACGGCAAAAAGAAGAGCAACGCCGUGAACAACGACGACAAUCAAUCCAAGAACGAGACAGCAUGCAGCAGCAGGUGCAGAAGAUGAUGGUGAAGAAGAAGGUGUUGGGAAAGAUGCAAGAGCAGCAGAUAAUAUCGGAGAGUCGUGACAAAGAGGCUGACAACAUUGAAAACUAUUAUCGUGGCCAUACAAUUCGAAUGAAACGUUGGUUACCGGAAAUUGAGCAAAAGAUCAAAUAUGCGUUCAAUGUCAUGAAAAAUGAGAACGAAGCCGUACAAUAUUUGCUGAAUUUGGGCUUAACCACACAUGAAAUCGACUUGGUACUACAGCAUUUUCUCAGCAAUGCCGAGCUCAAUAUGCGAAAAAAAGGGCAAUACCAGCAAAUGGAAGUACGGAAUCCAUUAACCGUACAGGAGCAACAGCUCGAAUUAAUCGGAUUUUCGCAAAGUCUCCAUAUGUUAAAUCAAGAAGUGCAUAAAAAUUUGCGUCGCAAUAAAACGGGCAUACAUGUGGACCGUAUUGAAAAGUUAUCGCCGAGCUACAAACGACCGCCCGGUUUUACACUGUUGCCAACAUUGUUGAAUGCUUCAAUGCAAAAUAAAAGUUUGGAUAAAAAUGCGCGACGUCAUCAUUACAAUCACAUUGAGUUAGCGUCAAAAUCGCAAAAUAAAUUUGCAGCAGCCGCAUCGUCGGUGGCGGCAGCAGCAGGUGGCGCAUCAAAAUUAGUACCAAAAUCAGCAACACCAUCAAGCAAAAGCCCAUCGAAAGCUGAAAUGCUCAGUAAAAUACCGAAGCGGAAAAAUUCGGCUGUGUCAUCGAAAAUGACAAAUAAAAUGAAAGUGUCUGCUUCAUCGUCAUCAUCAUCAUCGGCGGCGGCGGCGAAUAAAGCAUUGAGUAAAAAUGAAAUUGCGUCGAAGCAUCGCAGUAGCAGUAGUAGUAAUCAGAGCCAAAGUAAAGCGAUUGAACAAUCACGACCGUCACCAGCAACCAAACUGUACAAUCAUCAUUCACCGUUAUUGACAGCAUCAUCGGGUGGUGCAGCAGUAGCAUCAGCAGCAUCGGCCAUUGAAACUACCACCACCACCAGUACCAGUCAAAGUCGUCGUUUGCUGGAUUUUAUACAGAAGCAAAAAGCCGGCGCUCAUGACCAACGACAACGAUCUAGCGACAACAAUGGAAAAGCGCCGUCGCAUUCGCAACCAACACAAAAACCAUUAAACGGCAUGAGAAAUGGGGGUAACGGUGGUGGCGGCGGUGGAGUUGACAACAAUCGAAAGAAAAUCACCAACAAUGCCGCACAAAUUGAUAUAAAGACGCGCCCAAACGAUAAAACAGCGCAUCCAUUUGUACCAUCGAAACGAGUCAUUCAACAUCAUGAUUACCAGAAUUUAGUCGAUGACACAAAAACGACGGCAGUGGCAGCUGCUGCUGCCGCCGCCGCUGCAUCCUCAUCAAUAACAAAUCGUAGCCGAUACGACAAUUGCACGUACGAUUCGGUGGUGAAUGGGUACGUGGACCGAAAUAAUAACCGUAAACAAUACAAUGAUGAACGAACAAAGACACCGAUUUAUCGCCAUUUCGGCGACACAAACUUGAUGCGCAACAACAAAUGCAAGCAGUACAAUGAAUUGAAUAAUAAUAAUAAAAUUAAAAAUUGUACGAUCACCGUGGCCACCACCACCACCACCACCGUUGAACCAUCAAUGGCCUCUUUUGAUAAGCAUCGUCAUCACCAAAAACUUAUCAAAUGCCAUCCGGAUUCGCGUCAACGUAUCAAUAGCGGUACAACGAACAGUGUCGAUCCCAAUCGCAAUGAUAUUUAUCCCAAUUCGUAUGUGACCACCAAUUUAACGAAUGACACGGGUUUUGCGAGCAUGGAAGAUGCGACCAGCAUUGUUACACACAAACCAACCAAAACAACCAGCUCGAAAAGUAGCAGCAAUAAUUUUCACUUGCCUUUCCAUUGUAUCAAUUACAAUGUCAAAAAUCGCAUAAAAAUGUUUGACGUCGAUUCAACACCACACUAUCGCAAACAUGCCGCCAAUAAAAAUCACGACAAAAGCAGUCAUUCAGCUGGCAGUUCAUCGAAUGUGAGCAGUUCGAAUAGCAAUAACAGUGACCAUGGUUUCAAUUCGUUGGACUCAAUGGAAAAUGAGAUGCGGCCGAGUAAUGGUGCGCGUCACAAGUUGCCCGCAUUAAUCGCAACAUCUGAUUCGAUGUCAUAUUUAGGACCAUUUAACUUUCGGCAACUGUUAAAACCGGUGCAAGGACGCCAAUCGCCGCAUCGAAAACGACGCAACAUUAUAACUGUUGGCAAUGGUGCUAUCUAAUUCCUAAAUGACACUAUCAUCAUCCUCAAAUCGGUCGCAGCCUGUGUUUGUGUUUUUUUUUUCCUGUUUAUGUACAGCAUGUCAUCAUCAUCAGCAUCACCAUAUCAUCAAAAUUAUGUUAAUUUUCGUUGUUAUUGUUGUUAUAUCUCCUUUUUUUCCAUAACCUGCAUCACACAUAGAGUUCAUGUAAAAAUCAACUGUUCGUCGUGAGCUGCAUCGUGCGCAAUGUUAAUCACCAUUCGUGUCAAUCCUUCAAUAAAUCAACAAUCUUUUCUUGCAUACGCAUGCACUGACUCGAGAUAAAGGCAAAAUGUGUUUGAAUUCGCUGGCACUGACACCAAUUCACCUGAGUACAUAUUCCAAAUUCAAGUGGUUACCAUUAGCAUAGAAUAGUUAAGCAUAUAAAAUAGCAACAUUUGAAAUUCAAAUCAAUUUUAUGCAAUUCAGAAUUUUCUUUUUGAGACGUGGCAUUUUUUUUUCCUUCGAAAUCCUUUUCCUAUUCAUCUCUCUCCUUUUCAAGAAGAAAAAAAAAUUAACCAAUGUGUAACAUACGGAACAAAAUUCCGUUUUAAGCAAAAAACAAGAAAUUGUGCAUAAAACUUUCAAAGAUAUUUUAAUAUUUCAUAUAUAUAAAUAUUGUUUGUAAAUAAGACCCGAAUUCUUCAAUGUAUUAUACAACAAAGUGUUCAAUUUCGACUAAAACAAUAAAAUAACUCGUUAAUUCCAGUUA